AUGAGUGCUGCUCCUGAUGACAAGGAGUGGGAGGACCUGGUUGAUAAGCAUCUGACCAGGCUAUCAUCCCGAAAACGGAAAAAGUUCGCCCAAGUGAUACAGGGCUUAAACCAAAAUAACUUUGAGCAAACAUUGUGUAGUCUGAAAAAUACCGCUCACUCUCGGAAGUCCAACCAAUGGUUCGAGGCACUGGAAGGGCCUUUGACACGACUCAACUCAUUCGCAGAGGCAAUCAAGACCCUGGUGUCGGUGUCUCCAAACCCCGCUGGGUUUCUUUGGGGUACCAUACAGGCCCUCAUCACCUACGCUCUCAAUUAUACCUCAACAAUGUCAACAUUUGCCCAAUUACUCUCUGAUUUGACAAUGGCCCUUCCUGUCUUCGAGAGAUAUAUUCAGAUGUUGAAAUCAACUCAGCAGCUGAGAAUCUACCUGCGGGAGCUGUAUGAUAAGUACGUUGGGGUCUGCGUGGAUGCUUUUAUAUUUUAUCAUGAGUGGCGUUGGUGGAAGCUCCAUCGAACAAUCCUCAAGCCAAUCAAGGAGACCCUACAAAAGGCAAAGCAGGAUAUUGACGGGAUUGUGAGGAACUUUGAACGCGAAGCUCACGUGGGAGUCUGUGAGGAGGUCGUGACGGAAGUCAACAAGAUACAGGAACAGUCUCCUCUUAUUCCCACGUCAAACUACGCUCAGAAACCUUUCAUUGUUCCUUACUCCCAGAACACCAUUUUCGUCGGUCGUACAAAAGAACUGGAAGACAUUCACAAGCAGUUGAAGACCAAUCCAAAUGGCCUGGAGCACCGGAACGUUUGUAUUGUCUAUAGCAUGGGUGGGGUGGGCAAGACCCAAUUUGCCAUUCAAUAUACCUACCAGUUCAAGUCCGAAUAUGACUACAUCUUCUGGCUGGAUGCGUCCGAUGAGACAACGCUGUCCCGAGAUUUUGCUGCAAUCGCUCGAAGGACCGGCCAAUCCGACAGGGAUCCGGCCGAGCCUCAGAGCUUGCCAAUAGAGGUCUCAAAGGCAAAACGAUGGCUUGAAGAAACGUCACGGCGCUGGUUGCUGGUGUAUGACAAUUUCGAAACCUGGGCCAUCACCAAACCAUACUGGCCGUCUGGCUCGCAUGGCAGCAUCCUGGUCACUACCCAGCAUUCCUACAUUUCGCACAUCUCCUCUCAUCCACCUUUGGAGCUCAAGGUCCUGGACCGGACCCAGGGGGGAGAGCUUCUCCUCUGCCUGCUACAUCGGCUGGAGAACCAGACAAUGGCAGUUGAGGAGAUAUCGGCCGCACGCCAGAUCUCAGAGAUGCUGGGUGGUCUACCGGUGGCUAUUUCUCAUAUGGCAGGGUACAUCCAGGAAACCCACUGCUCCCUACAGGAAUUUAUCGAGAUGUACACAAAACGACAAGAGUCUCAGAUCAUUUGGGAGGGGGGCCGAGAUCCACACUACCAGUAUUCACGAGCGCUGCCGACUGUCUGGGAGGUCGCAUUGAACGAGCUAUCGCCUGAAGCUAGACGAAUCAUCAACGUGGUUUCCAUGCUUUCUCCCAGUCACAUCCCGGAAGCAAUGCUGUUUGGUGAUUCGGGCCACCAUGAGAUGAAAUUGAAGUCGAAGCAACUUCUAAGAUCCCUCCACAGUCGUCAGUUAGUCAAGCGCGAGAUGGUCGACAAUCAAGGAUACUGGUCGAUUCACCGUUCAUUGCAACUGCACCUUCUUCAUCUACUUGACAAAGCACCCUACGAUCGACAAAGUGCUUUUGAGGAGGCCGUCGACAUCGUCCGGAGGGCGUAUCCACGUCAGUCAUCCAUACAGGCUCCUAGCAAUCAUAAUUGGGAGCUGCAAGAGGCAUGCCUGCCGCACGUUGUACAUUUGCAGAAUGUGUUCGAGAAUGCCCCUCCCUCGGACUCUGAGAUGACGCUGGCUCCCAGCCAAAAUUUUGUUCAUCUGCUUGGAGACCUCGGAAACUAUAUGUGGGAGCGUGCUCUCUACGACAAAGGCGUGGCUACUCUAGAACUGGCGGAAAAAAUCUACGAAACUCAGACAUGGGAUGAUCUGAUAGAACAUUCCAAGGUGGCUACUAUUCUUGGUGUAUUGAGCCAGGAAAUCGGGAUAUCCGGUCGUCAGCAGGGCUUGGACCGGUGCAGGAAGUCACUCGCGUUGCGUAAACGUCACAUGGCGAAUUUGCGUAAUCAGAACAUACCACCAUCCCGGGAUGAGAAGCUUCUUUUCGCGAAUGCCUUCAAUGAUGUCGCAUGCAGCCUUCUCGAGUACGCCUGUUACAACCAGGCUAAGGGUUAUCUCGACGAAUCUAUUAGCAUCAAGUGCUCUCUGGACCUCCCUGAGAACGGAACAGCUUUCUUCAACUUUGCCGAAAAUUUCAAGAACCUGGCAAUAGUGAGGCUUGCCCAGAAGCAGCCAGACGAGGCUAUGCGGCUGAUCGAGAGGGCUACGACACUGAUGGAAGCCAAUGUCGGUGUUCACGCCGCAACAACCCAAUCGUUUCUCUUCCACCGUGCCAAUAUACUCUACUGCACUGGCAAGUACGCGAAUGCGUUGGAUGCACAUGAGAGUGUGCUCCAAGCGCGAAUGGAGAUCUUUGGCGAGCGGGCUCACACCCUGAAUAGUUAUUUUGCCUGUGGGCUUGCAUACCGCGCUCUAGGAGACCUCAAAAACGCUAGGGCAAGGCUGGAGAAAUGUGUUGACCUCCAUGAGGCUGUCUAUUGGCCAAGUGAAUGCAAGGCUCGGGCGGGGUAUGCAUUAGGGUCGGUUCUACAGGAACUGGUCAACAGAGGUGAAGCGGACCAUCAAACCGCCCAAGCUUUAUUGGCAGAGGCCAGGGAGCGGAAAGACGCCUUAGAAGCGAAUCACAAGCAUGCCUUAAUGGCGGCUGACGCGUCUUUGUCUGAGAAGGAAGCGGAAGCAGCCCGCUUUGAUCACCUGGUGUCGUUCGAGGCCGGGAGAGGGACCAUCGGCGUCCUCUGGGGCGAAGAAGUCCAUAACACUUUCAAGUGCCUCCGAGCCUUAGAUAAGUCAACGCUACAGCAAGGGACCCUAACUCGAACAAUGGAAGAAGACAAAGCUUCAUGGGCAGUUACGCUCGAGGAAGAGUAUAAUUCUGAGGCACGCAAAAAGCCAUGGCUGGACGAGGUGGGAGAUGACGUUGCGGACCGCAAUGCCAAAGGAUACACGCCUUGGGAUGAUAGCACUGUCGAUCCUGUCCGCUCCCCCAAUGAUGAGGGCGAUUGCGCAAAGGGUGGUGCUGGGACAUUCACUGGUUAA